AGAUUCUGUGUAAAACCCUAAUAAAAGCACUUCAACCAUGGAACACAAAAUUGGCAAGGGCAAAACCGCCAUUACAACUCCCACAGCAGCUAUUAUUUAAAUAGCCGUUGCCCAAUAACCGCAUAUUGAGUAGAUACUCCGAAACACCGACGACACACACACACACACACACACACUCCGUUCGUGGUGAAUCUUAUAUUCAGUUUCCCCCCCUUUGUGAGAAAGGAAUUAUGGCGAUUCUGAACUAAGGUAACACGCUUAUACUAUUUGGAAACUCGAUUUACCUAUGCUUAAAUUUAAAAACCUUUUUCUGAGGCAGCAGUUGGUUGGCCUUUCAGGCUUCUACCGAAGUGAACGCCUAUUUCCUUCAUGGGCAGCUUCAUGCUUGCCUCUUUGCUUCAAUGCAGUUGAUCUAGCUGGAACCAAAAAUCUGCACUCUCACGGGCACAAAGGGCAAAAAGGAUUUACAGAAAGGAAGCUUUCAUCCCAGGUCCUGGACCCGAUGGAGAGAAAUACGUUGAUUGGAGAAAAUACACAAAAUGGACAUCUUCCAUCCACAUAUGAUGCUGCCAUGGAAGCACUUUCGUCUCUCAUUACUAGCAAAAGACGAGGAGAUAGAUCUGCAAUAAAUAGUAAAUAUAGCAAAUUGGACAGGAUGAUGAUGUAUAUUAAGAUUUUGGAUUUGGAGGAACCGGUAGAAGGACUUAAGAUUAUUCACGUUGCAGGAACUAAAGGAAAGGGUUCGACGUGCACAUUUUGUGAGGCAAUUCUGAGAGAGUGUGGAUUCAAAACUGGACUUUUUACUUCUCCGCACUUAAUUGAUGUGAGAGAAAGAUUUCGUCUAGACGGGUCGGAUAUAUCCGAAGAAAAAUUUCUACAUUAUUUUUGGGAAUGUUGGUCAGCUCAAGGUAUACAGGAGAAUGUCAGAGAUGAUUUGCCUAUGCCUCCACUUUUCCAGUUCCUUACUGUGUUGGCCUUCAAAAUUUUUGCAAGUGAAAAGGUAGACGUUGCUAUAAUUGAAGUUGGUCUUGGAGGGACAAGGGAUUCAACGAAUGUGAUCAAGGAUCCGGUUGUCUGUGGCGUUAGUCCACUGGGCAUGGAUCAUAUGGAAACAUUGGGAGACACACUUGAGCAGAUCGCGUCUCAUAAAGCUGGAAUCUUUAAGCAUCGAGUCCCUGCUUUUACGGUACCCCAACUAUCUGAAGCAAUGGAUGUUCUUAAGGAAAGGGCCAGGGAUAUAUCGGUCCCUUUGGAAGUUGUUGCGCCUCUCAAUCGUAGUAAAUUGAAGGGGAAGGAACUAAGCUUGUCCGGUGAACACCAGUUUACGAACGCUGGUUUGGCUGUUGCCCUUUGUAAAAGUUGGCUCCGGCGCACGGGAAAUUGGGAAAAACUUUUUCAACAUGCUGACCUGGAAGAUAAUUUGCCCGAUGCAUUUUUGAGGGGUCUUUCAACAGCACGUCUUUCCGGAAGGGCAGAGAUUGUUCUAGACCCUUCUACAGAAUCUUCUGAUGCGGCUGAAGGCAGAGAAAAUACUAAAGGGGAUUUGGUCUAUUAUUUGGAUGGGGCCCACAGUCCUGAAAGCAUGGAAGCCUGUGCCAGGUGGUUUGCUAGCGCUGUGAAAGAAGAGGGCCCACGCAAAUCUGUUCAUCAUGUUUCGAGUAAUGGCCAUAUCGAACAAGGAGAGAAUAAAAAGGUCACCAAGAAUAUUCUCUUGUUCAACUGUAUGGAUGUGAGAGACCCUCAAACUCUUCUUCCGACACUUGUCGAUACAUGCGCUUUAUCGGGUACUUAUUUUGCGAAAGCUAUAUUUGUUCCGAGUCUCUCGACUUAUAGCAAAGUCACUUCUGCUACUUCGGCCAUCCCUUUAGAAAUCCCUUCAAAGGAUUUAACUUGGCAGUUUAAUCUUCAGAGAGUCUGGGAGAAGAUCAUUAAUGGAAAAGAUGCACUUUGCGAGAAUUCGGAUAUGAAAAUACCGGAGAGUAGUCCACCACAAAGGUUAAUUGACGAGGAUGUUUCGAAUUGUAGUACUUCCGAUGGUGAAUUUUCUUGCAGUGCUGUGGUUUCUUCUCUGCCGACGACUAUCAAUUGGUUAAGAGAUUACGCUAGAGAGAAUCCUUCAUUUCGAAUCCAGGUUCUUGUGACGGGGUCAUUGCAUCUGGUCGGAGAUGUAUUAAAGCUGCUGCGGAGAUGAUCUUGCGACAUGCACAAAAGCUCACACACCCAUGUUGGUGUGUGUAAAUGAACGGUAAAGAUACAUCCAGACUUCACCAGGUGUACUAAAAAUUUUACCAACUUUAUUAAAGCCAAAAGUCACAUUCAAUUGCCAUUUCCUAAACCAGUAAAAAAAUGACUUCAAUUUGCUUAAUUUAUAUAAACGAUCUCUUGAUUUAAUUAAGAAUUGUGUAUUGCAAUUUGCCAAUUACGGUUUGUUUAAUUUUAUCUUGGUU